AUGGGGGGAAGGCGCGGGGACAUGGAUCGGAACGGGUUGGUGGAAGGAUGGUCGGCAAAGGCAAUUGUCAAGCGCCACGACUACCGCCCGCCUACCCCCCUCCCCUCCCGUUCCGCACCCUGUCUCAUCCCUUCCGCCACUUCCUGCGCUCACCUGCGGCGUGCGGAUCUGCCAGCAGAAGGGCAUGGGCUGCGCCAUGGGCGCACGCACGCGCGGAAGAACCUCUGCGAGCGGCCUACUGCGGAGAUGGCGGCGGCGGGAGGGCGACGCGAGAAUAGUAGGGGGGAAUCACCGCAGCGACCGCGCUUCUCGAGACGUGCUCUGAUUCCACGUGCGCAUUCCCAUCAAUUCGCCGCUGCCAGUCGUCGCUGCGGCGCGACGGCGAUCAGCGGGCAGCAAGCAGUUCGCAACGCCUCGCACACGCCCCCGCGCUUUCGCGUCGGCUCCCGCCGUGCGGUGCGCGAGAGGAGCGUGCGCGCAUCGCCACCCAUGCACGGCGUGCCGGCGGUGGUGACGUCGUCGCACGGCCACCGGCACGCCCCCUUCCUCGCCGCCGCGCGCCCCUCCCCCCGCUCGCUCGGCGCGCUGUGCCUGCUCGCUGUCGCCGCGCUCGCCCUCCUCGCCGCCGCCGUGCACUCGCCCCUCGCCCCCCGCCUCGCCGCACGUCGCGCGACAAGCCGGGGACGAGGUACCACCUCCACUGCCGCAGCGCACAGCGUCGGCCCAUUUGCCGAUAAAACAGCCGACCGUUCAGCACCGGCAACAUCACAGCCGUCCAUCCUGCCUCUGCCCCUGGGUUCUCACCAUGCGCGUGGAAGGCAGGUGGGCGAUCCCACCUCCACUGACCCCACAAGCGAUGCAGAUGCAGGCAGUACGGCAAGCGCUGUGGUGGUGGCUACUGCCGGUGCUGCCACCACGGACGGCCAGUCAGUGCCACUGACAACAGCUGGUGCAGCCGCCAACGCAUCAGCAGAAGCUGAGUCAUCAACUGGCGCAUCAGACACAGCAGAAGCGUACGUAGCAGGGGUGCCGGAGCAGUGCAGCAUGCAGCGCAGCACAGACUAUGACGGGGACGCGCUCACAUGGGGCCUGGACUUCCUCACGCCUCUGCUGCCGACUGCUGGAGACCCCCCCAAAUUAAACUUCCAGGGUCGUUACGCUGACGAGUUUCGGGCCAUGCAUCCCACCGCACCUGAGGCCGUUCAGUGGGUGGCCGGCGUCAUCUAA